AUGGCUGACGCUAAUAGUUUAAGACAACGAUUAGCAUCACUCGUCGAUGAAAUUACGCAAGAUGUUCAAAUAAUUGAAUCAACACGCAAUUUAAGCACUAAAUAUCGAGUGGAAAAAUCAAUCAGUGACGCUACUAAAUUAGCUCGUGAUCUGGAACGUCUUGAUCCAUCUUAUGGACGUGAAUAUAAACAACGUAUUGACGCCAUACGUCAACGUUUAGAAAAUGCUAGUAAAGUUCCAGUACAUGGCGCAUGGAAUUCAGGAUUUGAUGUAGAAGCUGAUAGACUUGGACAACAACAACGUGAUCUACUUUUGCGUGGUCAUUCUUCAUUAGUUCGUACCGGUGAAUCUUUGCACAUAUCACGUCAAACUGCUCACGAAACUGAACAGUUAGGAAACGAAAUCAUGUCCGACUUAAUCACACAACGUGAAUCACUUUUACGCACGCAAGAUAAAUUGAAUGAAGGCGGUGAGCAUUUAAAAGCCGGUAGUAAAACGCUUCGAUUGAUGUAUCACAGAGUUAUAAUGAACAAAGUGCUUCUAAUCACAGUCGUUCUUGUCGAACUCGGCAUUUUAGGUGGUGUAAUCUAUUGGAAAUUUUUCUCUAAAUGA